AAUCAUUAGUCAUGGCUUCGGUUACAGCAACCGAACAGUCGAGGAAGAAUGUCGAAUUUAUCGUGAAAAAUCUUCUAGCGGGCGGUGUGGCCGGCAUGUGCUCAAAGACGGCCGUCGCGCCACUCGAUCGUAUCAAGAUCCUGCUGCAGGCACACUCGAUCCACUACAAACAUCUCGGCGUAUUUAGCGGCCUGAAGCACAUCGUCAAGAAGGAAUCCUUCUUCGCGCUGUACAAGGGCAACGGUGCACAGAUGGUACGGAUAUUUCCGUACGCUGCCACCCAGUUUACCGCGUUCGAGGUGUACAAAAAGUAUCUGGGCAAGGCGCUCGGCACGAACCUACCGAUCAAGCACGCGGAUAAAUUUAUUGCCGGUGCGGCUGCAGGUGUGACCGCCGUCACCUUGACGUAUCCGCUCGACACGAUAAGAGCCCGGUUAGCGUUCCAGGUUACGGGUGAGCAUCGGUACAACGGCAUUGUACACACUGCCGUAACAAUCUUCCGGACGGAGGGUGGAUUGCGUGCCUUAUAUCGUGGAUUCGUUCCAACGCUGAUGGGCAUGGUACCGUAUGCCGGAUUUUCAUUCUACUGCUUCGAGAUGCUUAAGUUUGUCUGCAUGAAGUACGCACCGGGCUUAACGUGUAAAAAAUGUGACCGAAACACCGGAGGACUAGUACUUUGCGUCCCAGCAAAGUUACUUUGUGGUGGAUUUGCCGGAGCCGUUGCACAAUCCUUCUCCUAUCCAUUGGACGUUACGCGAAGGCGGAUGCAGCUCGCUAUGAUGAAUCCAGAAACAGCGAAAUUCGGCAUGGGCAUGUGGAAAACGUUAUCCAUUAUCUACAACGAGAACGGCAUCAUGAAGGGCCUCUACCGGGGGAUGUCGAUCAACUAUCUGCGCGCCAUACCGAUGGUGGCCGUAUCCUUCUCUACCUACGAGGUGUUAAAGCAGGCCCUCAAACUAGACACGGGCAUGAAGAUUUAGAACCAGCCGGUGGACUA